AUCGGUGCAUUCCCUUUCCGCCUCCCCUUCCGCCAUGGAUCAACGCAGACUGGGAGGAAUCCCUUCGUGCGCGAAACCUUGCAGUUGUCGGAGGGGUGUUUAGCGUCACGCCCUUUCCACCACAUGCCCGCUCCCAUGGCAUCAAGGUACCAGCGUCGCCUGUGGCGCUACGUCGAUUCCAGCCGCCGCCGCAAACUGCGCAGGCUCCUGCAACACCACGGGGAAGCCUUGGACCUGGGUGAGGCGACCGGGCGCAAGCUCCGAACGCCCCUUCACCGGUGUUGUGCCCGGCAAGACCACAAAACUGCCAUCCUCUUGCUGAAGCAUGGAGCGGACCCCUCCGUUCCGGACCAGCGUGGGGACACAGCUCUGCAUGUGGCUGCCCGACAGGUGGCCCGCAAGGGAGGCACAGUCUACGAAGACCUGUUUUCGCCCUUGCGAAACCGUUGCCCCUCUGCGAUGAGCAUCAGGAACAGAGAUGGGAAGACGCCAGGAGAACUCCUGAGGGAGGAGGAAGAUAAAUGGUGCUCUCAGGAGGCGUCUGAGGAAGACAAGGCAGAGGGUGACGCAGAGAGGGAAUGGCGCCGCAAACUCCUCGGCGAAUGGGAGGACGAGUUUCAGGAGAUGGGCUGGCAAUACGAAGAGGAUUUCUACACCGCUGGCCCAGACACGGAAACCUACGAGGACUGGGCUGACCGCAUCGCUCGCGAAUACAGGCAGAGGCGUAGCCGGGACAACGAAUGCCUUCGCCAGAGGCCUAAAGCGGAACCGCAGAAACCUCCGCCUAAGUUGGGAAACCUCCGUGAGGAGGAACACCUGCUCUACCAAAAGCGGGCCCGAGCCAAGGAAAAGGAACUGAGGGAAGCCAAGAAGCUGCGCUACGAGGAAGGCUGCAGCCGGGUCUUCUCCGCCGACGGUUCGCGCCUUUUGAGAUACGUGGACAUUCCCUGGCCGUGCCCGGCUGGGACGCCAGAGGAGAUGGCCAGCGUGGCGCUCCACGGCAUGGAGCCCUCCGACCAAGCUGCUUACCGGCGCUUCCUGCGGCGCCAGCAGGCCCUCUGGCACCCAGACAAGUUUGCCCAACGCUGCGGUGCGCGCUUGGCAGAACAGGAUCGCCGCCGGAUAUUGGACACUGUCACGGCGCUGUCCCAAGCGUUCAACCAGCUAGCAGAAGCUUGCAAAUAACUCUCUUUCUCUCUCUGUCCUUGGCUGUCUGUGAA